AGCAUCAUAAAGCAAUUUCGUGAGGCCAGAAUGGAGCUUCCUAUGCUGGAAAUUGACACAAUGGACGAACAAUCAUUGGGUAUAAAACAUGCUUUGCUUGAUAAUAAUAAGGGUGGUAGAAUUAUGAUCACAACACGUAAUAGGGAGGUGGCUAGUUUUUGUAAAAAAUCUUCACAUGUUCAUGUUUUUGAAUUGCAACCACUAACUCCUGAUGAGGCAUGGGAGCUAUUCUGCAAAAGGGUGUUCCAAUUUGAAUUUGGAGGACAUUGUCCCCCAAUAUUGGAGAAAUUGUCUCAGGACAUUGUUGAGAAGUGAAAAGGCUUACCACUUGCAAUUGUUGCUAUAGGUGGUCUUCUGUCAACCAAAGACAAAACUGUCUUUGAAUGGAAAAACUUGCAUGAUAGUGUUGGGUUUGAGUUAGGAAGAAAUCCCCAUCUUACAGGUGUUGAUAAAAUCUUGUCCCUAAGUUAUGAAGACUUGCCAUGCCACCUCAAAUCUUGCUUAUUAUACCUUGGUAUGU